AUGUCGCCCUCCGCAGAACCGCGCACAAACGGAGUCAAUCACUCCGCGGACCGCUCAAACCUCAUUCCGUUCUCCUCUCGACUCAAGGAGGGCAGGGCGCUCGCCCAGGAUGUCUGGUCCAUCUUCAACGCUGCCAACCUCCCUGCGGACUGCAUCAAUCUCGGACAGGGCUACAUGAACUUCCCUCCUCCCGUGUGGGUCAAGGAGGCCGCUGGAGAGGCGCUCAACUCGGUGGCUGCGAACCACUACUCCCACCCGAAGGGUCGUAUCCGCCUCCGCCAGGCCCUCAAGGAGCACUUCGGUCCUGACUUUGGCAGGGAUCUCGAUGUCGAGUCUGAGAUUCUUGUAACGAGCGGGGCAAACGAAGGACAGUACUCGGUCUUCGUCGCCUUUCUCGAGCAAGGCGACGAGGUCAUCUUGUUCGAGCCGUUCUUCGAUCAGUACCUGCCCUCGGUCACGUUCAAUGGCGGCAUCCCCGUUUACGUUCCGUUGCACCCGCCCAACCACGAUGGCCGGCACAGCAGUUCCGAGUGGACAAUCGACUUCGACGAACUCCGACGCGCCGUGACACCGCGCACAAAGAUGAUCAUCGUCAACACCCCGCACAACCCCGUGGGGAAGGUCUUCACGCGCCACGAGCUCGAGCAGAUCGCCGCCCUCGCCGAGGAGCACAACCUGCUCGUAAUGUCGGACGAAGUUUACGAUUCCCUCGUCUUCGACGAUAACGAGCACGUCCGAAUCGCCACCCUCCCCGGGAUGUGGGAUCGUACCGUGACUGUGGGCUCCGCAGGCAAGAUGUUUGCUGCGACCGGUUGGCGCGUUGGCUGGCUCAUCGGGCCCGCUUCGAUCAUUACGCCAACGCUCGCAGCGACGACGCGCAUCGUGUUCUGCAGCAACUCGCCGCUGCAGGAAGCGUCUGCGGUUGGUCUUGAGCAGGCGAAGAAGCGCGGGUUCCUGCUUCAACAGCGGGACGAGUACGCCGAGCGCCGCGCGAUCUUGACCGCCGGGUUCGACAAGCUCGGGAUGAAGUACACACUUCCGCAAGGGAGUUACUUCGUGCUCUUGGAUAUAUCCACCGUGCGGUGGCCCGAGGACUAUCCGUUCCCGCAGAGCGUGGAAGGCAGGGGGCGCGAUUUCAAGGCGUGUUGGUUCAUCGCGAUGGAAGUCGGCGUGUCGUCAAUUCCCGUCAGCGAGUUUUACUGCGAGGAGCACAUCUCGAUUGGCGAGAGCUACGCGCGGUUCGCGUUCUGCAAGGACGUCGACACGCUCAAGCACGCCGUGGAGCGGCUCCAGACCCUGAAGAAGUUCCUCGCAUGA